AUGGACGUCAAAGGGAUUCUCGAACUCAUCACAAGCAUCUCUCCUGGAAAGGAAAACAAUAUGAGAAUCUUGAGCCCUCGUUUGUUUCCCGUCGUGGCUGACGACAAGAGACGUCAACAGCUUCUGUCUCCAGCAAUAUUCCCUUUGUACAAGGAUGAAUCUGAGGAUCAGAUUUUGCCCAUCCCAGAGAUAUUAGAAGAAACAGGAAUGAAGAAGGAAGAUCAAGAUAUCAUUUUGCAAACGAUCAUGGAGCUGUCUGGAGCAAGAAAAACAGUCGAAAGUGCCAUGAAGGUAGGAAACGGAUAUGAUGGCUAA